GCUAACUUUUCAACCAUAAAUAUAAGAGCAGAAGAAAUAGCAUUAAGUAUAAACAUACGAUAUUCUGGUUUGCUAAUUGUGCGUAGUAGAAAACAAGUGAAGAAACAUGAGUAGGCUGAAUGUGGCCUUGUUCAUCAUAUUGGCUAUUAUGGCUAUGAACAGCCCUUGUGUUAAUGCAAGACCAAAAACUUACGUGCACAUUAUUAAUGGCUUGGUUGCCAAGUACGUCUUGAACAUCCACUGCUACUCCAGAGAUGACGAUUUAGGGCAUCAUACACUUCCAGUCUCAGGCCAUUUGGACUGGAGUUUUGGAACAAGCAUAUUCGGGAAUACAGUGUUCAAGUGUGACAUGAACUGGGCAGGUGGCCAUGGUGUCUUCAAAGUCUUUUGGGAGGAUGAACAGCUUCAACGUAAAUGCCAUUUCAACAAUUGUAUUUGGCUGGCUGCGAUUGAUGGUUUAUACGUAAAGGAUCUUCGCAUAAACAGAUUUGUAUUUAUGUAUCCAUGGCAGAAGUAUUUAAUUAAGCUACCAAAGUAAAGCUUAAUUACCAAAUGGUUUUAGCCCAAAACAUAUCUUAUUUUAAUAAAGUUCUCUAUAAUCCAUCCUACA